AUGUCGACAGAGCGAGUGUCGAUGUGCUACCUAAAAGAAACAUAUAAAGAAUACGAGAACGUGAAGGUUAAGCAGCUUCCAGAGGUGGAUGACUUUGGAGCGUUGCGCGAAGGUGGGUCUCCCAACCUGUUUACCAAGCAGCACAUCGGCCUCGUGUUGCAGUAUGCGGCGGUCGGAAUAGUCUACGGUUUCCUUCAACACUUCGUCCUCGUGGGGUUCCACAUACUGUUGCAUUGA